AUGUGCCUGGUUUUGGAAGUCAAUGGAUGCUUGGCCAACAUCCCGUUGACUCCGGAGACCCAGCGGGACCAGGAGCGUCGGAUACGCAGGGAAAUCGCCAACAGCAACGAGAGGCGGCGGAUGCAGAGCAUCAAUGCUGGCUUCCAGUCUCUGAAAACCCUCAUCCCACACACGGACGGGGAGAAGCUCAGCAAGGCUGCCAUUCUCCAGCAGACGGCUGAGUACAUCUUCUCCUUGGAGCAGGAGAAGACUCGGCUACUGCAGCAGAACACCCAGCUCAAGCGGUUCAUCCAGGAGUUCAGUGGCUCCUCCCCGAAACGGCGACGGGCAGAGGACAAAGACGAGGGGAUCGGCUCGCCGGACAUCCUCCUGCCAUCACACGCUCCCCCAGCGCCCACCCACCACCCCACCGUGAUCGUUCCAGCGCCGCCUCCCUCCCAUCACGUCACCGUGGUCACCAUGGGCCCGUCCUCGGUCAUCAACACAGUCUCCACGUCCCGGCAAAAUCUGGACACCAUCGUUCAGGCGAUCCAGCACAUCGAGGGGACGCAGGAGAAGCAGCUGCAGGAAGAGGAGCAGAGACGCGCCGUCAUCGUGACGCCGCGCCUGCCCUGCCCCGAGCCCUCCGCCUCCGACACCGCCUCCGACACCGAAGGCAACGACAGUGACUCCAUGGACCAGAGCAAAGAAGAACCCUCGGGGGACGGGGAACUGCCCUGA